CAGGGAUAUAAUAUCUCAUGUUGAGCUAUGCUCCCCAUUCUCCCCACUUCUCAUUCUCAUGUUCUCUUCACCUUUGUACAUCGACGACCUCGGUGACAAAUGUGCUCAUUCCGACAAGUGCAAUUGCACCCUCCAGCACAGUCGCGGAUUCUGACCAACCCACAAGUCCCAUUCCAGUCUCCACGAGCCCGUCAGGAGACUCGACCUCUAUCUCGGCUGCUGGUUUGUCGGAAACAUCCAGUCUUUCAAAUACCGGUGCGGAAGACCCAUCCCCAUCCCCUACCUCGGCUGCUGGUUUCCCGGAGACAUCCAGUCUUUCAAGUACCGGUGGGCUGCCCUCCAGCUCGGGGUCGGACACUGAUGCGCCCUCUAACCCGUCAACGGCAUAUCCUAACGUAACGAGUUCUACAUCCACUAUCGUAAAGCAUCGUCCCAGUCCAACACCAUCACCCACUGUCGCCGGCCCAGCUAUCACAGUCCCUACCGCAACAUCAACACUUGGCUCAAUUACUCUCGCGCCUGCAUCCACUGGUCUCAGCAGCAACUCUUCCAAAACGCAGAGUCCCACCGCUGGAUCGCUUGCACGCAAGACCAACGUCGGCGCAAUCGCAGGUGGCGUCAUCGGCGGCCUGUGCUUGUUCGCCCUCCUCGCGGUCCUCCUAGUCUUCUGGCUGCGUCGCAGACGCAGAACGCGCGUAGCCCCCUCCGCCGAGUUCAUGUCCGCCGCCGCCGCCGCCUCGCACAGCGCCGACGCCAAGGAAGCGUCCCUCCCGCUCGCGCGCCAGAACUCGCUCGAGGACGAACUCCCGCCCGCGUUCACCCCGGGCUCCUUCAGCGACCCGAUCUUUGAGAAGCUGCGCUCCGCCGAGAUGCAGCGGCAGCAGUAUCAGGACUACAACCCAUAUCGCUUCGAGCGUGAGGAGACGACGGGGGUGGCCGAGGGGGGCAGCCGUGACAAGUAUGGGAGAAGCUUCUUGAUCGAAUAGCCCUUGGUAAUUGCACGUGUGACGAGUAUUGGACGUUGGACUUUGUGUGGUCAGUUGACAUUCCCCAGUCUGCUGUGGCAGCUCUAACGUCCGAGAGAAAUCGGAAGUUGUAUGAUGGAUCAGGUUUCCGCAGUUGACACGCGCGGAAGCGCUUGCUCUUGUUUAUCUAGCUGUUGCUCUUCACUUGGUGUAUACAAUGCCCAGACCUAGUUCGACCCCAGAAACGGUUGCAAGGACUGUAUGGCUGUGUUAACAUUCAUAAUCAUCUGGACGCAGUUGGGCAAGAUGUAGCCUUGUAUCUUCAAGAUACUGAUUCCAC